GUUUUUUUAAAAUUGGGACAAUAACAAUGGAAGUAAACAACAAACAGUACAAGAGAAUAAAAUGGAGAAAAUGAGCUAAAUUGCAAUCAGAGAAGAGAAGCGUUGGGCCAGAAGACUCGCGUGCUGGUGGACUGAGUUUUCUUGAACCUCUCAAAUCGGGGAAUCUCCAUUGAAACUCCUCCACACUACACGUGUAAACCCUUUCUUCUUCUUCCCCAUUAAAUCCUACUAUUUUUCUUAUUUACCUUAGUGGAGACAGAACCAAAUCACACAAUCAGACAAAAUAAAAAGGUUCCUUCUUUAUAACUUCCGACGGUGUCCAUUAUCUGAAUCCGACAAUUCUUGAUGGGUUUUGGCGUUUUGAGUUGAUAAACCAUUCUGAGUUGUGAAUCAGGGAUACAAGAGAGAGAGGAAAGUGGUUUUACGGUGACCGGAGAGAUGAACGGAGAAGGGAUCUCUGAUGGUUUGUCGGCUGAGAGGAAAGUGGAAAUUAGAGUGAGGAAGAAUGGGAGAAAGGAUAAGGUUAUAGUUGAGAAAUCUGCUGCUCAAGGUUUACCUGAAGGAUGGAUCAAGAAACUUGAAAUAACAAAUAGAUCAGGCCGUAAAACCAGAAGAGAUCCAUUCUUCAUUGACCCUAAAAGUGAGUAUAUCUUUCAAUCCUUCAAAGACGCAUCACGGUAUGUUGAGACUGGCAAUAUUGGACAUUAUGCACGUAAAUUGAAAGAAAGUGAUAUCGAAGAUGAUGAUUCCGGAAAUGGAAAGACUGUUCUUCGUCUGGAGUAUGUGGACAAGAGAUCUGCAGAUGAUGUAUUGGAAAAAGAGAAAACGAUAGAUGAUGUCAGAAGAAGUAAACGGAGAAACUUAUCUUCUUCUGAUGAACAUUCCAAGAAUUGUAAAAUGACUUCUGACUUGAGCAUUGUAACCUCACAAGUUCUUGAGGAUUUGGGGAAGAAGGAAGAGGUGAAAGAUCCUAUCGAAAAGCAGCUCAUAGCGAAACGGGUUACUAGAAGCCAAACUAAAGCCAGUACGACUGAGGAAGUCGUCGUAGAUUUAAAAAGAAAUCUGUCUUCAUCAAAUGCAAAAUCAGAAAAAGAUUCUGUAAACUCCAGUGUAAGGUCACAAAAACCAAAGAAGGAAGCUGUUAUGAAGGAAGAAGAGGAACAAGAUUCUUCUGAGAAACGGAUCACAAGGAGUAAAGUUGAAGAGAAGAAGAAUGAGCUAAGUAAUAGUGUAGCCCGACGAACAUCAAAACGGUUAGCUGGUAUUGAGCUUGAACCAACGCCUGAACUGAAGACAAGAGCCAAAGUUCAACGAAUAGUACCGCUUGAUGAUGAACCGACGCCUGAACUGAAGACAAGAACCAAAGUUCAACGAGUAGUACCGCCUGAUGAUGAACCGACGCCUGAACUGAAGACAAGAACCAAAAUUCAACGAAUAGUACCUCCUGAUGAUGAACCGACGCUUGAACUGAAGACAAGAACCAAAGUUCAACGAAUAUUACCUCCUGAUGAUGAACUGACGCCCGAACUGAAGUCAAGAACCAAAGUUCAACGAAUAGUACCUCCUGAUGAUGAACUGACGCCUGAAUUUAAGACGAGAACCAAAGUACAACAAAGAAUACCUCCUGAUGAUGGCAGAGCCGGAAAGUGCAAGCAACCUGUGAAUCAUGUUACUACCAGCGGAUCAAAAAAGACGGAAAUACCGCUCAACAAGGAAGUAGCCCAAAGCUGUAAUGAACAAUCCUCUCAGAAACCACAUGCUGCUGCUGCAACAAGCAACAAUCGUGUGAGUGCAGAUUCGGCAGUGGGAAUACAAAAUAUCGGUAAAGCAGUAGGCAGGAAGCCUUCUAAAGACAAGAAGACGCUGAAAUCACCACUGAUAGUAUAUGAACUGAAUCCAGUUUUUCAUCUUGACGGUUACAAGCAGAAGGAAGAAAUGUCACCUGUGUCACCGUUGUCUUGCCAAACUUCUGCAACAAAGUGUGAGAAGACAGCAGCAGGCAAAAGAGUGGGAAGGUCUAGCCCAAAGGCUAACCUUACUACCAGUGUGAAACCAACUCAGAUCUCGCCUCUGAGAUCACCAAAUAAAGGAAAGCAACCACAUCCUUCUGACAGUGGUUCUGCCAUUCAAAGGAGAAAUAAACUAGCUAAUGAGUAUUCUAACUCAUCCGUUGUAAGAGGCACAUGCUCAGAAGUGAUGGAGAAGAGUACCAACAGCUUCUCCUCUGCAUUUGACUCGACUCUUGCAGAUCUUUGUAAAGAUCCUUGCAUUGCCUUUGCUAUCAAAACUCUAACCGGAGAAUCUCUGUGUCUUCUCAACACUCCAGCGAUCUCUUCUAAUCCCAUUAACAACCACACCAAGCAGAAAGGAGUCUCCUUUACCCCAGAGACUCCAGGAAAUGUUAACACAUGCUCUGAAAAACUGGUAUUUCCGAGUCCACCCCCGGGUGCAAAUAUCUGGCAAGACCCGUGUAUCGACUUUGCUAUAAAAACUCUAACAGGCGCAAUCCCGAUCGGGUUAGAUGAACCAGAUACGAAGUCAAAGUCACAGGGGAUGACGUCUACUACAGCAGCAACACAAGAAGCUAAAGGUAGGCAAAACAACUGUGAUUAUAUGACGAACAAGACUGUAGGUAAACCUGAUGAUCUAAGGUUUACACAAUCUUUCUCUAAGGACUAACAAGAACAAAAUAAAGCCUACUGUACUUUUAGGUGUUUUCGUAUAUUAGGGUUUUUGAUAAUGCCAUUGGUAUCGUGUAAGAUCCAUGUGCAAUGCCUUAGCUUUAUUUUCUUUCGGGCCAUGUUCUGUUGUAAAUACAUAUGUAUUAGUGUUGUGUAUCGACAGAACCUUGAAAAACUCAUAAAAACUCUUCCUUUAACCACCCCCAAUGAUCUUGUUUCUUCUUCUUAAAGAUGGAUCUUUUCUAGUUUUCUUUCUCAAAUUUUGAAUGCAUCUUUGAGAAGAUGAUGGUGACGUCAUCUUAAACGAAAAA